AUGGAGGAAGAUGAAGAUGAAAGGAAGGGUUGGCGACCAAAGCUCGCCGCUUUUAGUUCGCUUAACACUCGGGUCGUUCAUUCUUCUUUAGAGGAAGGUGUAGUUCUGAAGCAGGCGUCUGCUGAGUCAACCGAUGCGAACACCUCUAGCAUAUCAGCGGCACAAUUUAGUGAUAGAAGCUUUGUAUCAAAAACCAGCACAUUCUCGCGAAGUGGUACUUCUAGUUCUAGUCAGGAGGAAUGUGAGGUAGCGCAGACAACGAUAACAAGUGGUCAGUACUUGGCAGCUGCGCGCGUAGAAACUGCACGAUCAAUGGAGAGUCUCCGUCCAAGUAAAGAUUCGUCGCCGGCGCGCCCUGCCAGCUCGUGUACAUCUGUUCGCAUUCAUCGCAGCUCAUUUCUAACAGCUAGCGAAAGAGAUGUCCGCGAAACGAGAGGGGCGCCAGCACGUCGGGCUCUCUCUGGGGAGGAUAUGGGGAAUGCGGAAAAGCGACGAGGUUUGUUCGCAAGUACGGAGCGGCGCGCCUUACAACAGCUAAGCUUGCCCCCGCCUGAGAGGCGACUAACUAUUUUAAGCCCACAUAGCCCGAUGGCAACCAGUGAACUACAAUGGCCGGCGCCCUCAGGAAUUCGGGGCAGGCGAAAGAAAGGAAUGGUUUUACCCAAACUAAUAUUACCUCGCAGCGAUUCAGAUGGCUCAGAUGUUUUCUUUGAAAGGUGCUAUUUCUUAUUAUUUAGUAGUCUUUAA